CUGAUUUUGAUUUCAAAAGCAUCCAAGCCGGCGUCGUAUCGAAAUUGGCGGCAACCGCCGAAUUAAGAAAUCCCCAAUCUCUGAAUCUAGGGUUCCGCCACAAAAUGUUUGGAGCUCAGUCGUCCACCCCGGCCUUCGCCACCCCUUCCUCCACCCCCGCAUUCGGCACGCCUUCAACUCCCGCGUUCGGUUCAUCGCUCUUCUCCACACCAUUUUCCCAACAAUCCCAACCGCAGCAAACGCCGUCGCUGUUUCAGACGCCUCAGCAGAUGCAGCAAACUCCAUCGCUGUUUCAGACGCCUCAACUGCAAACUCCGUCGCUGUUUCAGACGCCUCAGCAGCACACUCCGUCGCUGUUUCAGACGCCUCAGCCGCAGCAACAACAGAGCCCCUUCGGCUUAACGACGCCGUUUAAUACCGCACAGCAACAGCAAUCCACUCCUUUUAGCAAUGCUCCUCAAACCAAUUUCAUGAAUCAGCAAUUGACUACUCAAAUGGCACCAGUUGCUCCCCUCCCGUUCUCUCUAGCCGAUCGCGAUAUUCAAGCAAUUGUGGAUGCAUACAAAGAGGAACCUGGGAACAUGAAGUAUGAAUUCAAGCACCUGUUGUUUAGUGUGACUGAACCUCGGUACAGGUCAAAGCCUGGUGGUGUAUCAGAUAUUAUGUGGGCAGAAGCCAUGGCAAAACUAGAAGGUAUGGAAAGUUCCAAAAGAGAACGUUUGUGGCCUCAACUUGUGCAAGGUUUCAAAGAUCUUUCCCAGCGCCUUGCGCUUCAAGAUGAAGUCAUACUGUCAGAUUCUGAAAGACUGAAGAUGACCCAGAGCAAUGUGAAGAUGCUCCAAAGGCAUUUUCAAGCUGACACACUUCCUUGGAUCCAAAGAAUGCAACAGAAAGAGCAAAUCCUUCAAAGGCGUCUUUUGAGGGUAAUGAGAAUAGUAGAGGCGCUGGAGGGUAAAGGUUGUCGAUUACCUCUGAUGAAGGGAGAAGUAGAAUUAGCAGAGAAGUUGGCUGCAACAACAAGACAGUUGCAGUUGAAGGGAUCCGGAGCAGAACUUUCUAGACGGGUUCAGAAUCUACUCAUGGUAUCUCGCCUUCAAGCAGACAGCCUAACUGGUAGCUCAAUGUAUCUGCCAGGAUCAACCAAAAUUCAUGAACAAAGUCUAUCCGACAUGCAGGAGGUGUUGCAACGACAGACUGAGGCUAUUUCGAGACUUGGCAAUGUGCUGAAGCGGGAUGUGAGAGAUAUGGAAAUCAUAAUGGCUGAAGAUACAGUGAUGACCCAACAAGAUUAACUUCAAAGUGAAUUCUGCAGCACUCUGUCCCUCAGUUGUAUCAACAUUUUUUUUGCCUAUUUUGUUUCAUUUCAUUUGGUAAUGUGUAUACAUGUUGGUUUAUAUAUCAAAUGGACCAGUGAGUUCGAGGUGGUUA